CAUGUGGCGUUUGCUCAUCUUGUUCACAACUCUCUGCUCGGUCUCCGUGGAAGCCCUACGGGAGGACCUAUUCCUCGAGCCGCCGGAGAAUCUCGUAACGAUAGUUUCCUGUGUGAAGCACCUCUGCGACAAGUACUACAAAUCGGAACGGGCCAUCAAAGGAUCGCUGGGCCUGAUUUACCUCAAACCGGACUCGUCACUGUUCCAGAUCCAACUGCUGAAAUCGUUCCACGAAGAUCCGCGCCAUGAGAUGGGAAUAAUGCCCAAGAACAGCCGAAGGCUUCAUCCGGACGCGUCGCACGUGACGGACAGGGCCAAGAACUACUUCCUGAUGGUACGCGAGGCGUCGGAGCUGGCUUCGCACAUCAGCAUGUUCCGGAGGUUGCCCACGUUGAACCCGUUGGCCCAGGUGGUCAUUCUGUUCACCUCGGAGAUGACACCGGAGGUUUUCGGGGUGGAAGUUCGCAAGGCGCUGCAGAAGCUGUUCGACUAUUGGUUUCUGAAUGUCAACGUCAUGGUUCAGCGGUACAAUACGAGUGUUUUGGAGGUGUGGUCGUGGUUCCCGUACGAGAACGGACGAUGCGCGGAAGAGAUCAUUGACAUUCGAAUGAUCGACGAGUGUGAGUACGCUGAGGUGGAGGAAGAGACGGAAGAAGAGGAAGUCGAGCUAGUUGAACCUGAAGUUGAACAGUCGAACGAAACGUACGUAAACAGUUCUUCAAGUAAUGAAGGUGAUUCGCUUCAUCCCAAGAAAACGGCGUGGAUGUUCCGAGAAACACAUUUCUUCUCCGAGUACGAACCGAAGCUACCCAAGUACUUCAACGACUGCCCGCUGAAGGUGUCCACCCCCAUCUGGGAACCGUUUGUAGUGGGUAACGAAACGGCCGUCGAGAAGGGCUUCGAGGUUCUGAUGAUUGAAGCGAUCGCGGCCCGGCUGAAGCUGGCACCGAUCUACAAGGUCAUCGAGACGGAAAGGGCUACGGCACGGAUUACGGUCGACAAGGAUGUCGGAUUCUACGCGGAUCUGAUCAGGAGAAACUCGGACAUCAUGAUCGGAGGCCUGUACGAGAACCCCAUCAGCCGGAAGCUUCUCUCGACCACCAUCCCGUACUACCAGGACGACAUGACGUGGUGCGUUCCGCCGGCCCGCCUAGCCCCCAAGUGGCCCAACGUGUUCAUCAUCUUCAACAUCUGGAUCUGGAUGCUGGCCAUCGGGAUCAUAUUUGUGUGCGCGGGCAUCAUCGCCGGAUUCAACACCUUCGAGCAGGGCUACCCGGAGAACUACACCUGGAUGUUGGUGCAGUCGCUGGCCCUAUCGCUGGGUCUGUCCGCGACCUACUGGCCCCAACGGUUGUCCAUUCGGUUGUUCCUGCUGGUCUACAUGUUCUACGGAAUGCACUGGGAUGUGGCACAUCACAGUUUCCUCAUAACGGUCAUGACGCGACCUCGCUUCGAAAAGCAGAUCAGUACGGCGGAAGCGGCCAUCGAGAAAGCUUUCAAGUUCCUUGGACCGGAGAACAGUUUGGUGUUCUUUGAUAAACCAGACACCGUUUCCAAGCACAUCGCUUCAGUGUACAAGACUUGCCCAAACGUGGACGACUGCUUGGCCCGCAUUAAUGCGGAUCAGACGGUUGCGGUGGCCGUUUCCCGAGCGCACUCCCAGAACAGCAAGACCAUCGGCGAAGCAGAGAUGUUCUGCUUCGCGAGAACGCACAACAUCCAGACGUAUCCGGUGGAAAUGAUGGUCAAGAAGGAUUUCCACAUCCUGGCGAAGAUCAACGAUCUGAUCAGGAGGAUCAGCGAGUCCGGCUUGCUGGGCAAGUGGCAAGUGGAAAGCAACAAGAUCCGUAUCGAUACGGAUUCGGGCGGAGGAGGCGGUGGUGGCCAUGGUGACGCGCAGAUUGUGCUGACGGUCGCGCACAUCGAGGGGGCGUUUUUCCUAGUAGGCAUUGGAUUGGGCAUUUCAGCGAUUGCUUUUGUCGGAGAGUUGGUUUAUUUCGGCUUGAAGCAGAAGUACAACUGGGAGGAUUCGGUUUUCAGUAGGAUGAUAUGCUGAGUAAUCCCGC